CUGGAACUGUUCUUAAGUGUGGGGGGCCUCAUGACUGCCAGCAAGACUCUAGCUGAGCUAGAAUGGACAGGGCUGAGAAAUGCACCAACUCCCAGCACAAGACCAGUUUAGCCCAGGAAGGAUCACCUUUGCUCCCACCCUCUGUGUCUGAGCAUCAGGUCCUAGGAUAAGACUCCAUGGACGUGGCUGGGGCCUCCUGCUCCAGCUCAGAGGCAUUGGUGCGGGACCUGCUUCUGGCCGCACUCGAGGACUUGAGCCAGGAGCAGCUAAAGCGCUUUCGCCACAAGCUGCGGGAUGCACCCUUGGAUGGCCGCAGCAUCCCUUGGGGGCGACUGGAACACUCAGACCCAGUGGACCUCGUCGACAAACUGACCCAGUUCUAUGGGCCAGAGCCAGCCGUGGACGUGACCCGAAAGAUCCUGAAGAAGGCAGAUGCUCGAGAUGUGGCGAUGCGACUCAAGGCGCAGCAGCUGCAGAGGCUCGGCCCCAGCUCAGCGCUUCUCCCCGUGUCGGAGUACAAGAAGAAAUACCGCGAGCACGUGCUACGACAGCAUGCUAAGGUGAAGGAGAGGAACAGCCGCUCGGUGAAGAUCACCAAGCGCUUCACCAAGCUGCUCAUCGCGCCCGGGAGCGGCGCGGUGGAGGAUGAGCUGCUGGGGGCAUCGGAGGAGCCCGAGCGCGCUAGGCGCUCAGACACGGACACCUUUAAUCGGCUUUUCCGGGGCGAUGACGAGGGCCCGCGGCCUCUGACCGUGGUGCUUCAGGGCCCGGCCGGCAUCGGCAAAACCAUGGCGGCCAAGAAAAUCCUCUACGACUGGGCAGCAGGCAAGCUAUAUCACGGCCAGGUAGACUUCGCCUUCUUCUUGCCUUGCGGCGAGCUACUGGAACGGCCAGGCACGCGCAGCUUGGCGGACCUGAUCCUGGACCAGUGUCCAGACCGCACGGCACCGGUGCGGCAGAUACUGGCGCAGCCCCAGCGCCUACUUUUUAUCCUGGACGGUGCAGACGAGCUGCCUACUUUAAUAGGCUCGGAGACCACUCCCUGCACAGAUCCUUUCGAGGUUGCAAGUGGCUUGAGAGUGCUGAGCGGGCUGCUGAGCCAGGAGCUGCUACCCUUGGCUCGUUUGCUGGUGACUACACGCACUGUCGCCCCCGGGAGACUGCAGGGCAGACUGUGCUCGCCACAGUGCGCGGAAGUGCGCGGUUUCUCGGACAAAGACAAGAAAAAGUAUUUCUUCAAGUUCUUCCGGGACGAGAGAAAGGCAGAGCGCGCUUAUCGCUUCGUGAAAGAGAACGAGACGCUGUUUGCGCUGUGCUUCGUGCCCUUCGUGUGCUGGAUCGUGUGCACAGUGCUGCAGCAGCAGCUGGAGCUGGGCCAGGAUCUGUCGCGUACCUCCAAGACCACCACAUCGGUGUACCUGCUCUUCAUCGCCAGCAUGCUGAAGUCUGCAGGAGCCAAUGGACCCCGGGUUCAGGGAGAGCUGCGCAUGCUGUGCUGCCUAGCCCGGGAGGGCAUCCUGAAGCAUCAAGCGCAGUUUUCAGAAAAUGACCUGGAGAGGUUGAAGCUUCAGGCCUCCCAAGUUCAGACAAUGUUUCUCAGCAAGAAGGAACUGCAGGGCGUGCUAGAAAAGGUGGUCACCUACCAGUUCAUUGACCAGAGCUUUCAGGAGUUCUUGGCCGCGCUGUCUUACCUAUUGGAGGCUAAGGGAGCUCCAGGGGCCCCCGCAGGAGGUGUGCAAAUGCUCCUGAACUCCGACACAGAGCUGCGCGGUUAUCUUGCACUCACUACCCGAUUCCUCUUUGGACUACUGAGUGCAGAGAGGAUUCGUGACAUCGAGCGCUAUUUUGGCUGUGUGGUGCCAGAGCGUUUGAAACAAGACACCCUGCAAUGGGUACAAGGACAGAGCCACCGCAGGGUGCCACCAGCAGGGGCAGGAAGGAAUGCCGAGCUGGGGGACACUGAGGAACCGGAGGAGGAAGAGGAGGAGGAGGAGGAGGAGGAUCUCAACUUUGGACUGGAACUGUUGUACUGCCUGUAUGAGACACAAGAGGAUGCUUUUGUGCGCCAGGCUCUUAGCAACCUUCCAGAGGUGGUACUGGAGCGAGUUCGGUUCACCCGCAUGGACCUUGAGGUUCUGAGCUACUGCAUGCAGUGCUGCCCAGCUGGCCAAGCUCUGAGACUGGUGAGCUGUGGGCUGGUGGAGGCGAAGGAGAAAAAAAAGAAGAGCCUGGUGAAAAGGCUGAAGGGUUCUCGGACCACCACGAAACAACCCCCAGUGUCCCUGCUGCAUCCACUCUGUGAGGCCAUGACUGCCCAACAAUGUGGUCUGAGUGUUCUGAUCUUGUCACACUGCAAACUCCCUGAUGCAGUUUGUCGAGACCUCUCUGAGGCCCUGAAGGUAGCUCCUGCCCUGAGGGAGCUGGGCCUCCUCCAGAGCCGGCUUACUGAGGCAGGCCUGCGUUUACUGAGCGAAGGCCUGGCAUGGCCCAGGUGCCACGUGCAGACACUCAGGGUGCAGCUGCCUAACCUCCAAGAAGCAAUCCGGUACUUGGUCUUUGUGCUCCAGCAGAGCCGGGUCCUGACCACCCUGGACCUCAGUGGCUGUCAGCUGCCUGGCCCCAUGGUGGAGAGCCUGUGCUCAGCCUUGAGGCAUCCUACAUGCUGCCUAAAGACUCUCAGUCUGACCUCCGUGGAGUUGAGUGAGGUGUCCCUGAGGGAGCUUCGAACUGUGACGACAUUAAAGCCAGAUCUGGCCAUCAUACAUUCAGAACUAGGCGCACAUCCUCAGCCUCUGAAAGGAUGAGGCAGUGUCUUCUGAGGCCCUGGAGGCCGGAACCGGGUGGAGGAUGCUGAAGCCAAAGUCCUUAUGAAGGAGCCCUCCCCAUUCAAAAGCAAGAAGAUGCCAGCUUCUCCUUCCAGGGAAGUCUUUCAAGCCAAGAAGCCACAGAAGGGCAAGCAAAAGACCCAGGUAGAUAUAGGUCCUUGGUAGCUCCUGGAUAGGCCUGGCACAAGCCUUGCCCUGGAUGCUCUGAGGUUAGUCCUCCCCCGGCCCCACAACCACGGCUACCUUCCUUUCUGGGCCCUCCUAUGUGUCCUUUAAAGAUAAUCCCCAA